AUGGCCGUCAACGCUCAGUUCAAGGACAUGACCCACCACCUUUCCCCGGAGACUAUCCGUCGGAAGCCCAACCCUCUUAAGGACACCAUCCGCCUCAUUCUCGAAAACCCCCACCUCAUCUCCCUCGCCAACGGUGACCCGCACCCGAGCACGUACCCCGUCCGGAGCAUGGAGUUUGAGGUGGCCGACCCCACCGGGGCCGACCCCGUCGCGACCUGGCGCGCGCUCGGCCUCUCCGCGCCCACCCUGCGCGUCUCCGCCGACCCCGCGUCGAACGCGGCGGACGCGAUGCUCAUCCGCUCCUCGAUGCGCUACGGGCACGGCGCGGGCCUCAAAGAGCUCUGCGACGCCGUGGGCGGCAUCAACGCGCGCUACCACACCGCGCCGCACCACGUCCCGACGAUCUCCCUCGCGAGCGCGGACGGGAUCACGAAGCUGUGGCGGAUGCUCGGCGCCGUGGGUGACUACUUCCUCGCGGACGAGUACACGUUCGGGCCGAUGGCGCUCGCGGCGGACGCGCAUGGGGUGAAGUGGGUGCCGGUCAGGAUCGACGCGGGCGGGCUGAUCCCGGCGGACCUCGAGCGGUUGUUGAGGGACUGGGACGACGGUCUUGGGCGGCGGCCGCAUGUGCUCUACUUGACUCCCUGUGGGCAAAACCCCACUGGCUCAACGCUGAGCCUCGAGCGGAGGAAGCGCAUCUACGAGAUCGCGCAGGUGUACGACGUCAUCAUCGUGGAAGACGACCCCUACUACUUCCUCCAGUAUGACCUCCCCAACGCCGACCCCUCCGCGCCCGAGAAGCCGUUCCCCACAUCGUUCCUCUCCCUGGACGUCGACGGCCGUGUCAUCCGCCUCGACAGCUUCAGCAAAGUCAUGGCCCCGGGCCUGCGCGUCGGCUGGUACACGACGAGCCCCUUCUUCCACGCGCACCUCGUCCGCCUGAUCGACAACUCGACCCAACACCCCUCCGGCCUCCCGCAGGUGUUCCUCGCGCAGCUCCUCGCGCCCGCCGACGCAUCCGCCGGCGGCGCGUGGGGCCUCGACGGCUUCGACCGCUGGGUGCGCAGCCUCCGCCGCGACUACCAGCGCCGGCGCGACCUCCUCCUCCGCCUCUUCGACGCGCACGUCGGCGCGUCCGGGCUCGCGAGCGCGGACCCGCCCGAGGCGGGCAUGUUCGUCUGGAUCCGUGUGCACAUCGAGCGCCACCCGCGCUUCGCCCGCCGCGCCGCCGCCGUUGGAGAGACGGAGGGGCCCGAGCGGGAGCGGGCGGUGGCCCACCGCCCGCGCACGCCGCUCCCACAGACGAACACGGCGGCGCUCAUGAACGAGUUCUUCGACGCGUGCCUCCGGGCGGGGAUCGUGGUGUGCCCGGGGUGGGCGUUCGUGACGAACGCGGAGGAGGACUACGGCGAGCCGGGCGCGGUGCCGAUCAUCGAUAGGUCGAACUUUGUCCGGACGACGUUCUCCGGCUCUGAGGAGACGAUGGAAGCGGGGGUGCCCAUUCUGGGCAGGGUGCUCAAGGAGUUCUUCUUGGCCUGA